GUCUUCUUUCCGCCCCCACUCUUCUCCCCCACCCCACUUUUGAUCCCGCCGAUUCGCCACCGCAACCGCCCACCGCCGGCCCGGCCAUGGGGCCCGUCGCUCGGAGCCCCGCCCUCGUGCUCGUCGGCAUCCUCCUGCUCGCCGCCUCCCCCGCCCGCGGCUCGCCGGAUGGCGGGAGCUUCCUCCGCCUCCCCUCCUCCGCGCCGCGCCACCUGGCCCCGCGGCUCCCCCGCUCCGCCGCCGUCGACCUGAUCCGCGCCCUCAACCUCCACCCCGCCGACGCCUCCCCGCGUCCCGCCACCCCCGGCGCCGCCCCUGCCCCCGCGGGGACCCUCGUCGAGAGGCCCAUCCGCCUUGCGUCCCUCGCGGCCGGGGGCGGCGUGGCCAGCGAGGGCACGUCGGUGAAGGACCUCGGGCACCACGCCGGGUAUUACCGCCUCCCCAACACCCACGAUGCCAGGAUGUUCUACUUCUUCUUCGAGUCGAGGGGGCACAAGGACGACCCCGUGGUGAUCUGGCUCACGGGCGGGCCCGGCUGCAGCAGCGAGCUCGCGCUCUUCUACGAGAACGGGCCCUUCCACAUAGCGGACAACUUGUCGCUCGUCUGGAAUGACUUUGGCUGGGACAAGGCAUCCAACCUUAUCUAUGUUGAUCAGCCCACUGGAACUGGGUUCAGCUACAGCUCGGACUCACGGGACACUCGCCACAAUGAAGCUUCCGUCAGCAACGAUUUAUAUGACUUCCUGCAGGCCUUUUUCGCUGAGCACCCAAAGUAUGCUAAAAAUGAUUUCUUCAUAACUGGGGAGUCAUAUGCUGGGCACUACAUUCCUGCCUUUGCAAGUCGCGUGUACCGCGGAAACAAGAACAAUGAGGGCAUUCACAUUAAUUUGAAGGGUUUCGCGAUUGGCAAUGGGCUAACAGAUCCAGCAAUACAGUACAAGGCAUACCCUGAUUAUGCAUUGGAUAUGGGGUUGAUCACAAAAUCACAAUUUAACAGGAUCAACAGAAUAGUUCCAACUUGUGAAUUUACUAUCAAGCUCUGUGGUACCUCUGGCACUGUAUCUUGCCUUGCCGCGUACUUUGUUUGCAAUACAAUAUUCACUGCCAUCAGGACAAUCAUAGGGAGUAAAAAUUACUAUGACAUCAGGAAGCCAUGUGUGGGAAGCCUGUGCUAUGAUUUCUCAAAUUUGGAGAAAUUUCUCAAUAAAAAAUCUGUUAGAGAGAGCCUAGGAGUUGGAGACAUAGAGUUUGUUUCAUGCAGCCCAAGUGUCUAUCAGGCCAUGUUAUUAGAUUGGAUGAGGAACCUUGAAGUUGGAAUCCCUGAACUCCUUGAGAAUGACAUCAAAGUGUUGAUUUAUGCUGGAGAGUAUGAUCUCAUAUGCAAUUGGCUUGGGAACUCGAGAUGGGUAAACUCUAUGGAAUGGUCUGGAAAGGAAGCUUUUGUCUCAUCAUCUGAGAAGCCCUUCAAGGUUGAUGGAAAAGAAGCUGGCCUUCUAAAGAGCCAUGGUCCUUUGAGUUUCUUGAAGGUCCACGAUGCUGGUCACAUGGUACCGAUGGAUCAACCAAAGGCUGCUCUGGAGAUGCUGAAGAGGUGGACUUCCGGAAACCUUUCGGAACCGAUCUCGCAGAAGCUUGAUUUCGACAUGUAACUGACAGGCUGUUUCUCCAUGGUGUGCAACCUGAUGCUGUUUCGAGGGUCGCUGCCCUGCACUUGUCUCCUCAGACUGCCGCAUGUAAUCUACCGUGUACUUCAGGAUGAUCGUAGGCUCUGAAAAGCUCACCUUGCGAGACGCGACCGUACAGAUGUUAUUUUCCUUGUACGGGCGCUCCGCGUGCUGAUGAGACGUGGUCUUAAAACUGGAAUAGUAUUUAAUAAAGUUUUCAGAGAAUUGCCUGAGAA